AUGUCUACUAAACAUAGUGUUUAUCGAAAAAAUAGUCCAAAUAAUAAAUUAGUAGUAUAUUUAAUACAACGUGAUAUAUUUGAUGAUUUACAAACUAUUGAUCCAAUUGAAGGCAUUGUUACAAUAGAUGAGAAACAUAGCAAUUAUUGUAAAUUAUUUGCACGUAUACGUUGUACAUUUCGUUAUGGUGAACAACAAAUGGAUGAUGUAUUGUCGGGUGUAACAUUUUAUAAAGAAUUUUUUAUUCAAACUAAACAAAUCUAUCCACCAGUGGAUAUUAUGAAUAAAGAUGAAUAUAGUUAUAGUGAAUUACAACAACGACUUAUUGAACGUUUUGGUGAUAUGGCUAUACCGUUUCAUUUCACAUUAACACAUGAUAUGCCAGCUUCGAUUACAUUACAAACUGAUAAUCGUAAUUCAUUAGAUGAUAAUCCAUGUGGCAUUGAAUAUGUUCUACAAAUUUAUGCAUCAAAUACACCACAAAAUACAUCUAAAAAAUGUAAUGCAAUUAAUUUGGUUAUACGUAGACUCACGUUAGCUAUUCCAAAAUUAGAUUCGAAUGUUUACACGAAAGAAAUUAUACAACCAUUUCAUUUUCAUUCAGGUCAAUUACAUAUUACAGCAAUAUUACCAAAAGAUAUAUUUUUUCAUGGAGAAACAAUCCCAUUGAAACUUUCAAUUAAUAAUACAUCUAGCAAUGUUGUACGUCGAUUAAAACUACAAGGAUAUACAUGUAUACAUACACAUAUAGAUUAA